AUGUGUCCAGGGAAUACGUGCCUACAUUUUUCGCUAACUACCAUGGCUGAAAGCACAGUAUCACAUAUGACUGAUCCAUGCAUGACACAGAAUCAGCAUGAGUUUGCAGAAGGAGGAGCACUUCCUGUUUCAAGCACUGCUUCUGCUGCAAUUUUCUCCACGUUACUUGCCAAUAUUCCUGCGACAGCGUUCUCUCAUCAUUUGCUGCAACCAACUCAAACUUUAACUUCAAGCAACCGAACUAAUACAUUCUUAGAUGCAAACGUCCUGAAGGAUUGUUCCACCCUCGGUACUAACUGUUGCUUCCCUCUGAUACCCGCACUAGACAAAUUGUUACCACUCACUUUCUACCAUUUAGAGCAGCCAAUGCCUAGUCCUGUAUUUACCAAUGCUUCCGCAGCGUCAGCCUGUCAUCAGUAUUCGAGGACAGAAUCAAAAGACCAUUCGAAUACCACCGAAUGGUCAUCCUCGGCAAAAUACCCCUUACCUUUUGCUUGUACGCCUCUUCACACCCAGCGGUCUUCAAUUUCUGGUCCUUCUGAAUCCAAUUGUACAUCUGAAUGGAAGCGAACCUCGGACUUUUCUAUCAAUCGUCUGUUACGUAAUCACACAAAUGACGCAGUACACAAGCGUUCUUCUUACAUCAAUACCACUAUUUCUAAUCGACAUGCACAUGAUGAAAGUACUGUUAGUAGCGGACGUAAACAACGCACUAUCUACGGGGUGUCGCAAACAAAAAUCCUCGAGAAAGCUUUUGAAGAGCAACAAUAUAUGGUAGGACCAGAGCGUGAAAUGCUUGCUGAACGAUUGGGGUUGUCCGAAGCGCAAGUACGAGUAUGGUUUCAAAAUCGACGAAGUAAAUGGCGUAAGCAACUAAGAACUAACGUUUGUGUCCAAUAA